AUGGAGACAGCUAGUGAACAACCUAGCGUUGUUAGCCAGGAAGUACCUCCGGUAAAUCCUGAGCAACAAGAACAUGUUGAAGAACCGAUGGAAGAAGGUGAAGAGUAUGGGUACGAAGGCGAUGAAUACCGGCAUUAUAUGCCACGAGGACGAGGUGGCUUCAGCCCUCACGAUCGUGGAUAUGAAUAUGGAAUGCGUGGAGGAGGUGGCGGAGGAAGUGGACCAAGAUUUCGAGGCAGAGGAUUCGGACCUAGAGGCCCAAUGUACCGAGCAACAAAUAACGGGUAUCCUUACGAAGGACCACCGAGACCAAAUUGCCCGCCAGGACCUACAGGACCUAGAUACCGAGGACCUCCACCGUUUGAUCCUAGCUGGGGACCUAUGGGACCUCCAAAUAUGAUGGGACCACCUAAUUUAAUGGGCCCACCAGGAAUGCCACCCCCGCACAUGAUGAAUGGACCUAUGGCAUCAGGAAAUCCGUAUGGACCUCCUGGAAUGGGUCCGCCGAACAUGAACAGCAUUCCAGGUCAGCAGCAACCGCAACAACAGCAAGCUCAGCAACAAAACAACAUUCCAGGAUUGGACCUUAAUGGCGAGGUAUGGGUGGAAACAAAGACAGCGGAUGGCAAGUCUUAUUUUUACAAUAUUCGGUCUAGAGAAACUACGUGGACCAAACCCGAGGGCCCAAAUGUUCGGGUUAUGGGUCAAGAUCAGUUGGAGCAAUUGGUUCACGGUGCAGCCAAACAACCAGCGAGAGAAACAACACCAGUGUCGACAGCAAGUCAACCUCAACAACAACAGCAGCCGCCAGCACAACAGUCCCAACAAGCGCCACAGCAGCAACAACCAUCUCAGCAACCGCAGCAACAGUCACAACCCCAAGCUCUAGCUGAACCAAGAACACCAGGUAAUGAACAAUCACCUAAUGCAGAUACAAUGAAUCAGGCAAAUACAGCGCCACCGGGCACUGGUCCUCCACCGAUGCUCAAUGAAGCUCCGGAUGUUGUUCAACAGCCAGUUGCUGAAGUUACACAGCCUAAUGGUACAGUAACAAGUGUAAACACAACAGUAACAGCAGCUCAACCAGUAGCAACAAAUAUGCUGCAACCACCACCAAACAUGGUACCAAUGCAGCACCGAAUGCCAAAUCAAUUUGGCGCUCCAAUGGCAACUCCUUUUGGUGCAGCGCCAUUUGGAAUGCCACCACCAGGGUUUCAGCCUUUUGGUGGGUAUGGUCCACCACAAACUGGAUGGGGAAUGCCGCAGAUGUCUCACGGAGUUAUCGCGCCACAAACUCCAACAGAAGACCCGACGAUUCUCGCCCAGUUGGACCAAGAGUUGGUAGCCGCGGCGAUGGUGUGGAGUGAACAUCGUUCUCCAGACGGGCGUUUGUAUUACUACAAUAGCAAAGCUGGUGAGUCUGUGUGGGAAAAACCCCAACCUCUGAAAGAUUUAGAAGCUGCCAAAAUAGCGCUGAGGCAGAAAGCGGAGGAAGCGAUGGCCACUACGGACAUUCUGAGCUCGGUGCUUGAUCCCAAGCAGGACAAAGCUGCUGAGGCUGCUAAUGACACCAAAGACGCUAAAGACGGUGACGCUGCCAAGAAGAAGGAAGAGGCUCCCAAAGAGCCGGUCAAGCCCCAAGAUAAGUCUAGGCCGAUUUCAAGCACUCCGGUACCCGGUACUCCUUGGUGCGUCGUUUGGACAGGUGACGGUAGGGUCUUCUUUUACAAUCCUUCGUCGAGAAUUUCUGUUUGGGAGAGACCUGAUGAUCUUCUUGGGCGACAGGAUGUCGAUAAGAUGAUGGCCAACAUGCCAGAGGCUGCAGCUAAUCAGAAAAAUGCUAAGCAAGAUGAUUCCAGUGACAGUAGUGAUGAUGAUCAUCCUGGUCCUGCUAAGAAAGCUAAGCAAGAAGAGCCUGAAGAACCAGCAGCAGCAGCAGCAGCAGCAGCAGUAGUUGUUAAAGAAGAGGAAGAAAAAGAAGGUAAGAAAACAAUUGAUAUUGGCAAGGAGGCUGCUAUUGAAGCUGAAGUUCGUGCUGCGAGGGAACGAGCGAUUGUUCCACUAGAGACAAGGAUAAAAUCAUUCAAAGAAAUGCUCGCUGAGAAAGACGUAUCGGCAUUCAGUACUUGGGAGAAGGAAUUGCAUAAAAUAGUAUUCGACCCUCGAUAUUUACUGUUGACCUCAAAGGAACGGAAACAAGUAUUUGAAAAGUACGUGAAGGAACGCGCUGAAGAGGAGAGGCGCGAGAAAAGGAAUAAAAUGAAGGAACGUAAGGAACAAUUUCAAAAAUUGCUGGAAGAAGCUAAUUUACAUGGAAAAUCGUCUUUCAGCGAUUUUGCACAAAAGCACGGACGCGAUGACCGUUUUAAAAACGUUGAAAAGAUGCGUGAGCGAGAAAGUCUUUUCAACGAAUGGAUACUGGAAGUGAGAAAGGAUUUCAUGACGAUGCUACGGGAGCAAAAAGACAUCGACAGACAUUCACACUGGAGUGAUUGUAAAAAAAUGCUGGAAUCUGACUGGCGUUAUCGUGUUGUCGAUUCAGCAAAUACUCGCGAGGAUUGGUUUCGCGAUUACGUGCGUAUACUGAAGGAUGAACGAAAACGCGAGAAGGAACGUGACCGGGAUAAGGAAAAAGAGUCCCAUCGGCACCGGGACAAGGAUCAUCACAAGUCCGACAAGAAGGAUAAGGAUCGCAAGGAUGAUAAGCACAAAGAUAAAUCCUCCAAGGACAAGGACAAGGACAAGGAUAAGGAUAAGGAUAAGGAUAAGGACAAAGAUAAGGAUAAAAAGCGGCGGGGUGAUACUGCUGAGGAAAAUGGAAAAGAUAAGAAGGAUGUCGAUAAAGAAAUCGGAGAGAUUGAGGAUCUUGAUGACAAAAAAAAAGAUAAAUAUGAAAAUAAUGAUCACUCAGACUCGGAAGAAGAUCGUGAGAAACAAAAACGUGAUCGAGAAAGAAGAGCUGAAGCUAGUUUGCGGGAGCGAGAACGCGAAGUUCAGAGAACUUUGGCCACACAUUUAAGAGACCGUGAUAAGGAGAGACAACAUCAUAGACACACAGAGGCUGUACAGCAUUUUAGUGCAUUACUUGCUGAUUUAGUGAGAAAUGGAGACUUAGCAUGGAGGGAAGCUAAACGUCAAUUGAGAAAAGAUCAUAGAUGGGAGCUCGCUGAUAGCUUAGAUCGCGAGGAAAAGGAGCGAUUAUUUAACGAACAUAUUGAGCAGCUUGGCCGUAAGAAACGUGACAAGUUCCGGGAGUUACUGGACGAAGUCGGCGCGUCUACAGAGCUCACGGCUUCGUGGAAAGAUAUCAAAAAAUUACUCAAAGACGAUCCUAGAUAUACUAAAUUUUCAUCUAGCGAUCGGAAAUGUGAAAAAGAAUUCAAAGAGUACAUUAAAGAUAAAUUAGUGGCUGCGAAAGCGGACUUCCGUGAGCUGCUGCAGGAAACAAAGUUAAUAACUGACAAAACGUACAAAAAAGUCCAAGAAAACAGUGCAUGUUUGACAGAGAUAGAAGACAUUCUGAAGAAAGACAGGAGAUUUUUAGUGUUAGACGCCGCAGCAGCUGAACGCACGAGGUUACUUAUGGGUUACCUUGAAGAACUGGCACGUAGAGGCCCACCACCGCCUCCUACAGCCUCGGAACCUUCUCGUAGACCUACGACCAAG